UGAGAAUUCCUCUGCUUUGAAGGCAGUUGAACAUAGGGACAAGCCCCUGGGGGAAAGUGAGUCUUUGGCGUGGGCUUCCGCAGUGUUCAGAACACGACACUAUGUAGCCGCCAAACCCCCACGGCAAAUUGUUACUAUGUAGCCUAGCAUAUCAUCCCCGCGUAAAAACUCCUCCACACAUCAGGGAAAGAAUGGGCGAGUUCGUUUUGAAUCGGUCGGUGCCCCGGGUGAACCGAGUUUACGUAUUUUAGACGAUUCCGUUCGUCCUAAAGAGAGAUAAACCAUCCGGGGCAGCGGGCAAUGCAAAACGAACUCGCUCAAUACAUUUGCUGUGGUUGAUGUCUAGUGACCGACUUCCGCCCCAUGUCUUCAGUUCUGCAUCAGCCGGCAAGCAGUUGAGCUACGACGCCAGGGGAGGUAGACGAACAGAUGUUGUCAAACGAAGGAAUGGAAACUUGACAUUAACUUUUAAUAGGAAAAGAUAGUAAACGUCGUCGUGGUCAGCUGUCGUAUGUGGACGCGGUGGUGAAACUGGAGGGGAUAGGGCGACAGGGAGAAGCUGAUGAAUACGUUUCAUUUGAGGAGGCGGACCCCUCACUGCGUCUUCGAUAUGCUGAAAGCAGGCCCGGUGUGUUCAUACUGUAUGUGGAAGUACAGAUAGGUUACUAUUCUGUCUUUAUUCAAUCAUGAGGAUCGGAUACAUUGUCCUUUAAACCGCGUUGGACACACCGCGUAUUAUUUCCUGGCAGCGAGCUUGAGCCAAUUCAUUUGGUCGUGUGUUUUUUCAGACGGAAGAUACCAUACCUCUACCCAUUUGCACUUUUUUCUUUGGAAGUUGACUUCAAAGUAGAGUGUGCUACCGGUUUGUCUCAUAGAGCGAGCUUGAAAUCGUUCUAUAAGAUCUGAGUAACGCAUGAGGGGAGUCGCUUGAGGUCUAGCCUACUUCAUGCCACGCACUGGAGCAGGCCUAUCAUUUUUGGAUGGACUUUUGAAGUAUUAUGGCCUAAUUUUUGACGUUGCGAACUCUUGAAUUAGAUAUUUUUUUUGUAGAUAGGCCUAGCCUAUUCAUUGUCAUUAUCUACAGCCUAUAGAUGCAAAUAGUGGAGCAUUUCUAAACACCAACAGCUCCUAGUCUAUUUCGCUGUUAUCUAUUCAUAUGUGGUAUUUAUCUAAACACAGCGGGUUUUUUAAAGGUGAUGCAUUUUAUCUAACUGUCGUCUGACGUUUCAUUCUUGUGGCUCGACAUAUUCGAAUAUUUAUACCCCAAACGCAAUUCUCCAGGUAGUCUUUACACCCGGCGGAAUCCUUGGAGAAAGCGUUCCAUUUCGGAAUAGACGUUAUUUUUGUAUUUAUUCUCUCUUCACACGGAAAAUAAUUAGUGGCUCCCCCCACGAUGAGUUACUUCUACCAAGCAGUGCUUCUAUUGCUACGUGGACUCGUCAUCUCUGCAGUACUGGGAUUGGAAAGCAGUUACUCAACCGAUCUUUCGACCCGUGCUUCUAAUGCCGCAAUUGUAGCCACUACAGACCCCUGUCUGACAGUGAUGCCUCCAUGCAUGGGUGAUGCAGACCGUUUCAGCCUGGAGGCCCUCCGGGUCAUUCACAAACAGCUGGAUGACGACAAUGACGGGGGAAUCGAGGUCAACGAGAGUGUAGAGUUUAUUAGAGAAGAUAUGAAGCAACAACAAACUAACAAACACAGUAACCUUCACAGGGAAGACCAACACAUCACUGUGGAAGAGCUGUGGAAGGGCUGGAAAACCUCAGAAGUUCAUAACUGGACGACGGAGGACACAGUCCAGUGGCUGAAGGAAUCUGUGGAGCUGCCUCAGUACGAGACGAGCUUCAGACAGUUCCGGAUCAAUGGAAACACUCUGCCUCGAUUGGCGGCGAACGAACCGUCGUUUAUGUCGGGUCAGCUGAAGAUAUUAGACCAGCGACACAAACAGAAACUCAAUCUCAAAGCACUAGAUGCUGUGCUCUUCGGCCCUCCCUCACGUCCGCAACACAACUGGUUGAAGGACUUUGUGUUGAUGGUAUCUAUAGUGAUCGGGGUGGGGGGCUGCUGGUUCGCUUAUAUCCAGAACAAGUCUUCCCGGGUCCACAUGGGUCAGAUGAUGAAGGACUUGGAGAGCCUGCAGAGUGCUGAGCAGAGCCUCAUGGACCUACAGGGACGGUUGGAGAAGGCCCAGGAGGAGAACCGCACAGUGGCGGUGGAGAAGCAGAACCUGGAGCAGAAGAUGAGAGACGAGAUCAGCGGGGCCAAGAAGGAGUCGUACCGCCUCCGCGAACUCCGCCAGGGGGCCGAGUGUGAGCUCAGCCGCCUCAAAUACGCAGAGGAGGAGCUGGUGCAGGUUCGUAUGGCCCUGAAGCGAGCAGAGAAGGAGAUGCAGACGGAGUGGUCGGUGCCCGACGCCCUACAGAUGUGGCUACAACUCACCCAUGAGGUGGAGGUCCAAUACUACAACAUCAAGAAACACAGUGCGGAGCUACAGCUCACGGUCGCUAAGGAAGAGGCAGAGAAAAUCAAGAGGAAGAGGAGUAGUGUGUUUGGGACCCUUCACGUCGCUCACAGCUCGUCACUGGACGAGGUGGACCACAAGAUCCUGGAGGCCAAGAAGUCCCUGUCGGAGGUGACGGCCUGCCUGAGGGAGCGCCUCCACCGCUGGCAGCAGAUGGAGAAGCUGUGCGGCUUCCCCCUGGUGCACAACGCUGGGCUGCCCAGCCUGACUGCCACCCUGUACUCAGACCACAGCUGGGUGGUCAUGCCCCGCGUCUCCGUGCCCCCCUAUCCCAUCGCCGGUGGGGUGGACGACCUCGACGAGGACACUCCUCCAAUCAUUCCACAGUUAACCUCAGCCUCUAUGAUGCGGCCCCCUUUAACACGCAAUAGCAGCCUGUGCCGUUCCCGCCGGAGCCUCUACAGCACUUCAAUGACGUCAGCCGACCCCGACCUGCUCUCCAUGACCAGCUCAGCCCUCUCCUAUCAUCCCGAGGGGGAAGAGGGAUACAUCUUCUUCAUGGAGAGAAAGGGGGAUACUCAGGACACGUGUUCAGACACAGACUCUCUCAACUCCUCCAUGGGGCGUAAACAGUCCUACACCAACCCCUGCACACCGGGCCCAGAGACCCCUUACCGCAAGAUCUCCCGUGAGGAGCUGAUGAUGCUGAGCCAGCAGGAGCCUCAGUCUUAUGUCCGGGACUCACCACCUCCUCAAGGGGGAUCCUCGGCCCCCUCCCCAGCCCUGGAGCACCACAGACACAAACACAAGGGUUCGCCCGACCUCACCCGUGGAUCUAUCCCAGAGUCCCACAGCAUGUCCUUCGCCACUUCGUCGGCAGGCAACAAGGCCAUGUACAACGGUAUCCUGGAGAAGUCCUAUAGCAUGGGCCAGCUGCACGCGAGCAUGACAGGGGCAGGCGGGGUGGCGGUCGGCCGCUACCCGUCCCUCACCUCAAUGGACAAUGAGGGCAGGGGGGCGGGGACCAAGGAGCAGAAGCAACCGAGUACCUCCUCCCAGGACUCCAGUGGCAACGGAGACAAGGCCAAGAGGUCCUCGUCCAAAAUCAAGAGCUUGUUCAAGAAGAAAAAAUAGUCCUACACACACAGAGAGAGAGAAAGAGAGAGAUUCUAGCCUUAAAAAAAUGUCCGUCAUCAAAGGAAGCCAAAACAUUAUUUUUGUUCCUUUUUUUUUCUUCCAAGAUGGAGUGUAUCUCUGGCUGGAUCCCUCUUCCAGAUCGGAAGCCUUAUUUUUCAAUAAUGCCUUUUGUUUCCACUCAUAGGGUGCUGCUGAUGCAUACCAGAUCUUACAACACCUGGAUAGCUAUUUUACUUAUCAGCGAACCACAUCAUAUGUUGUAGCAAUCUGUCAGUCGAUGAUGUGGCGCGCAAACAUUGGUUGAUGCAUGCAACGUAUGAGUAGGGUAACGCGACCAUAGCCUCACAUUUAAGCCUUCAAAGGUUACAGAAAAGUCAAAAGGUCAAGGGCCGUGCCAGCUGCCGUCGCCCAGGCAAUCGUGAUGAGCAUUAGCCUCGUCACAUCUCUUGUCUUCUCUUGUUCUUUUUGAGUUAAAGAACCAAAAAAUAAAUAACACUUGUUCUACCUGAAAACUGAGGGGGUUUACAUGGUGGGCUUGUUAACUUGACAUCACUUCCUGUCUGACAGAGGCUCCUGAGCUCUGGACUCAUUUCCUUUGAGAAGUAAAAAUCCUGCUGAGUUUGUUGCACUACUGCCUUCCUGUUUUCUGGGAAAGGACCGCCGCUGCGUGCGGAGUAAAUAUUGAUGUGUAGAAGAGAUGUAUGGAUAGAGGCCUUGGGGAGAUGCAACAUGUGGUAGACUAUUGCAGCCAGAACCAGUUGGUGCGUUUUCCAAUGUCUCUCGUUAUGGAUUGUUCUAUAUAUAUACACACACACACACACACACACACACACACACACACACACACACACACACACACACACACACACACACACACACACACACACACACACACACACACACACACACACACACACACACACACACACACAGAGUGAGGUUCGAAAUGAUUGACACCCUUGAUAAAGAUGAGCAAUAAUAACUGUAUAAAAAAACAAUUCAAAUAAUGAGCUAUAUUCUAUUCUAAAAACAAUUAUACUAUACUGAACAAAAUAUAAACAACAAUUUCUAUGAUUUUACUGGGUUACAGUUAAGGAAUUCAGUUAAUUUAAAUAAAUGCAUUAGGCCCUAACCUAGGCCCUAAUUUCACAUGACUGGGAAAUACAGAUAUGAAUCUGCUGGUCACAAAUACCUUCUUUUUUUAAAAGUAGGGUUGUGGAUCAGAAAACCAGUCAGUUUCUGGUAUGACCACCAUUUUCCUCAUGCAUCGUGUCACAUCUCCUUCACGUCGUGUUGAUCAGGCUGUUGAUUGUGGCCUGUGGAAUGUUGUCCCACUCCUCUUCAAUGACUGUGCGGAGUUACUGAAUAUUGACGGGAACUGAAACACAUUAUCAAACAUGUCGAUCCAGAGCAUCCCAAACAUGCUCAAUGGGAGACAUGGCUGGUGACAUGGAAGAACUGGGCCAUUUUCAGCUUCCAGGAAUUGUGUACUAUAAAAUGCAAUUGUGUUUGUUGUCUGUAGCUUAUGCCUGCCCUUACCAUAACAUACCUCCAUCAUUGGGCACUCUGUUCACAUCGUUGUUAUCAGCAAACCGCUCGUCCACAUGACUCCAUACCCGUGGCCUGCGGUUGUGAGGCCGGUUGGACGUACGGCCUAAUUCUUUAAAAUUAUGCUUACAGUAGAGAAAUAAUUUAAUGUUUUAUCUGUCAACAGUUCUGGUGGACAUCCCUGCAGUCAGCAUGUCAAUUGAAUGUGCCCUCAAAAUUUGAGACAUCUGUGGCUUUGUGUUGUGACAAAGAAACUGCACAUUUUAGAGUGGCCUUUUAUUGUCCCCGGCACAAGGUGCACCUGUGUAAUGAUCCUGCUGUUUAAUCAGCUUCUUGAUAUGCCACACCUGUCAGGUGGAUGGCUUAUCUUGGCCUAGGAGAAAUGCUCACUGACGGGGAUGUAAACACAUUUGUGCCCAACAUUUGAGAGAAAUAAGCCUUUUUGUGUAUAUGGAACAUUUCUGGGAUCUUUUAUUUCAGCUCAUGUUGCGUUUUUAUAUUUUCUGUUCGGGAUAAUACAAUUGCUCAGAGAAAGAGAUUUUGUUUAACAACUUAUUCAUUUAAAAAAAAAAUUGCUGACACCCCUAAGGUUUCUUAAUAUAUAUAUAUGCCAUAUAUAUGCCAUUUAUCAGACGCUUUUAUCCAAAGCGACUUACAGUCAUGUGUGCAUACAUUCUACGUAUGGGUGGUCCCGGGGAUCGAACCCACUACCCUGGCGUUACAAGCGCCAUGCUCUACCAACUGAGCUACAGAAGGACCACUUAUAAAUAAAUAGUCAAAAGGUCAGUAUUUGGGUCCCAUAUUCCCAGCACGCAAUGACUACAUCAAACUUGUGACUCUACAAACUUGUUGGAUGCAUUUGCUGUUUAUUUGGUUGUUUCACACUCUUUGUGUCGUUGUUGUUUUUCCCAGGAAAAGGUGAUUAAUGUAUUCUGUCAUUUUGGAGUCACUUCUCUUAUAAAAGAAGAAUAUAAUAGUUUCUUAACUUCUAUUGAGUUUUGGUUCUGAAACCUAAUGAGUCGGAGACAAACUCCUCCCUACACAUCCUCAAUGUAAAGCGACUAUCAAAACGCUUUCAUUCUAUGACGUAAUUCGUUUGAAGCAUGCCUCUUUGAGUGAUAAAUACUGGAGAAAAAAGUCAAAGUAAUUCACUGAAGACAGCAUUGUUAUAGAAUGUUUCUAAACAUUUCUUCAUUAAUGUGGAUGCACAAUUCAUUCAGGAUUUUCCAUAAUCACAGUACCAAAUGUUUAGAAACAUAUUCUAUUUUAGCAAUGAGGCCUGGGAGGGGUGUGGUAUGUGGCCAAUAUACCACGGCUAAGGGCUGUUCUUAAGCACGACACAACGCAGAGUGCCUGGAUACAGCCCUUAGCUGUGGUAUAAUGGCCAUAUACCACAAAUCCCUGAAGUGCCUUAUUGCUAUUAUAAACUGGGUACCAACAUAAUUAGAACAGUAAAAAUACAUGUUUUGUCAUACAUGUGGUAUACGGCUGUCAGCCAAUCAGCAUUCAGGGCUCGACCCACCUAGUUUAUAAUCUUAUUCACAAUAAAAGUGACUCCAAAAUGACACACUACAUUAUUUACCAAUCAUUUCUACUGGGCACAAAAUAAUCUGAAACCUGUUACCCAAAUAAACUGCAAAUGCAUCCAACAAGUUUGUAGAGUCACGAUCCUUGAUGUUUGAUGUAGUCAUUAGGUGGCAGGAAUAUGGAACCAAAUACAACCAUGCUGACAAUAUUUAUGGGUGCCAAUAAUUUUGACCCUUACCUUUUUUGAGGGGAAAAAAUGAUUACUUGUUAAACAACAUCUACUGAGCAAUUUGAAUUCUUAUAAAAAAAUAUAUAAUUUUCCUUUAUUUAUUUGUAAAAAUGUUUUUUACGAUAUAGCUCAGUGUUUGAAUUAUUUAUAGUAUACAAUCAUUAUUGUUCAUCUUUAUUGAAGAGGUCAAUAAUGUCAGACCUCACUGUUUAGACACUUUGUUUUGCCAUUAUUAUGUUCUUGUAGAUGUUUUGUAGACAAUGUGAUUUCUAUUGGUGGGGGUUAACAAGGACUGACUGGUUUUCACUGAAGAGAGCUAAAUAAUAUGUUACUUGUCGUUGUAAACUUUCCUAAGCUUUUCCCGAAUAUUUUACCGUUAAUUUCA